AUGGACAAUGGUUUAGAUGCAUCGCAGAUAUCACAUAUAUCGUUCAGCGGAAUCGAACAUGAAUCAACACCAAUCAGGAAUUCACGCGUCAUUUCAACUGAAAAAGCAGGCACUGAUGUAGACGAGAUAGAAAACCAAGAUGAAAUUGAAGUUAAAAUCGAAGCUGAAGCUGAAACCGAAACCGAAAUCAGCGAUGACGAGGAGACUAAUGAAUUCAGAAGUAUUGUGGAAACUCACCCUGAAUUGAAUAUAGCUGGAAAAGAAUUACAUCAACUAAACCCGGUGAAUGUUGCUCAUGUCAUGUUUUCUCCCGAGAAAAAGAAUAGACAACGAGACUUGCAAACAGUGCAAUCAUUUGAAAAUAUAUCAGGAAAGCCAAAAGGAGUACCAACAGAAAUCAAUCGAGAAAUAUCCUCGGUCCCCUCCGCUAUUUCCACAACCACUCUCGCUGCUAGUGUAAGUAAGGUUUUUGACCCAUUUACUCCUUAUACUUUAAACUUGUACCUUCAACUAAUUGUCAAUUGUAUCCUUUGGUCAAUCAUCAUUUUUCUUGUUUACUCUGCUAUCACCACAAUAAGAACAGACAUUCAAAUCAAAACCGAGCAGUUCACACUACAAAUCCUAGAGGAGAUUGCAAAAUGUUCACGUGAAUACAUACGAAACAAAUGUGACUCUCCGCAUAGGCCUCCAGCGAUAGACCAUGAGUGUGAUUUAUUGAACCGGUGCCAAAAUCAGGAUCCCUCAAAGUUUGCCAAGCUGAAAAUCUCGGUAGAGUUGAUUGCAGAGAUUGUAAAUGCAUUUUUCAGUAAAAUAAGUUUCAAAAGCUUAGUAGUUUUGAUCUUGAUAUUGAUGGUUACGAUGGUGAACACCAGCUUGGCUGUACGAGAUUUUCAGUCGGUACAAGUACGUAAAAUGGAGAAUAAAGUGGAACUGAUUCAACGUGAAAAUAAAUAUAAAAAGGAGCAAGAACUUGUUGAAGAGGAUCAAGAAACGGUAUUUAUCGAACAGGAGCUAAACCUGUGA